AUGUCGACGGAUGAAAAGAUUUCAAGACAAGAUAAUCAAUGCAUGCAGCAGAAUCAAGAGAAAGAUUUACUUGAAAGUACUUGCACGCAAUCGAGUCCUCUUCAAAAAGACCAAAUUACGACUCAUUUAAGUGUCUUGGGACGUAAUCCAUUCACCCAAGCCCAUAUCUAUACCACUUUGACACUAAAUGAUUUGCAGCUUUCAAAUAUUGACGCUGUUAAGGAGUUUCCACAUAUUCAGCACUUAUUCUGUAGACAAAAUGAACUUCAAUCGUUGAGUCCACUUCAAUACAUUCCAUUAUUAUUGACAAUAGAUGUUACUGGAAAUCAACUCACUGAAGUUCUCGACUUCACAGUACCGAAAUGCAAUUCAGACUUUGCAUGGAGGGAUGGAGGUGGUUGGAUUGGGUCACUUUUACGAAAAGCUACGCUUGACAAAAAUCGGAUUGUAUCAAUGCCUCACUAUGAACUCGCUAGGACACAUCCAUAUCUUUUGGAAUUACGACUUGCACACAAUAGUAUUGAAGUGAUUUCUGGUCUUAGUCAAUUACGAUUUUUACGUCUGCUCGAUCUCUCACACAAUAAAUUAACAACCACGCUUGGUUUAAUACGCAAUGAAGACUUGUCGUGUGGACUCCAGGCUCUAUCAACGUUAUUAUUGAGCGGGAAUCAACUCACGGAGAUUGAUUCAACGUUAGCGCUUCUUCCACGAUUGACACACUUAAACGUUGCUUAUAAUCAGGUCAACACAUUGUCGAGUCUCGAAAAUUGCAGUCAACUUCAGCAACUAGAACUUGCGCACAACAAUAUUACUGAUAUCAACGAACUGAACGUUUUGGCCGGUCUUCGUUAUGUUGGAUAUAUUUCACUUGAUGGUAAUCCAUUUGUGGUGACUCAAAUUGCGAAGGUAUUUUAUCGUGCUCGAGUCAUUCGACGCUUAUUGCAAAUUGAGUAUUUAGACAAUGAGCGUGUGACUUACAAAGAAAAAGUCAAAGCACUUGUUAUGCAUGGUAGCGAUCUUGAAGCUCGACGUCAGGUGGCAGCUAAGUAUCUUCCCCAACAAGAAUUUAUUGACUUUUUGCCACCAAUAAUCUUUGAGGAUGACAAGUUGCUCGAGUUGCCACUUCGCUGCAUGUCUUACCAAGACCAACUAGUUCCAAACUCUAUGCAGAGCGAUAGUAUUGAAGGAGAAGAGAAUCUAGACGAUCGGAAUUAG